AUGGACGGCGAGGGUUCCGAUCAGAGCCAGUCGUUAACGGCGCACAGAUCUGAAUUAAAGAAAAGGGGUUUUGCUGAAGUUGAAGAAACAUCAGACAGUUCUCAGAAAAGAAUGAAAAUGCGUGACCUUGAAUCCGUUUUUCAAUUUGAAGGAGGAGAAAUCAAGACCCCACAUCCAGACAUGUGCUCUGAUUCAAGAGAGCUCGAUCUUAACAUUAACGUUAGUUCAGCGAAUCGCACAACUACUGGUGAUAAUCCAUAUGGGGAAACUAAAGAAAAUCAUCCAAAGGCCAGACCUUUCAGUUUAGACCUUAAUACUGAGGAUGUCUCGAGCUCGGCCAACGACCCCUUCUUUUCUUACAAAAGCUGCGAAAAUUCGAAACAAAUGGAUGAUUUAGAAUGCGGGAGUUCAGUGGGCCCACCCGACGAGAGGGACUCGAUGAGAGUUUGGAAAGGGCUGAAACAAAACAAUUACAUGUCUCCCUUUGACAGUACAUUGCCAGCUUCAAUACCAAAGCCCCGUGGGAAAAAGAAAGUCAAUAAUGACCUGAUGAAGAAAAAGAUCGAGCAGGCGAAAAAAGAGCAGGUUGAUAGGUUUGCAAGGGUAGCUGCUCCAAGUGGCUUGCUUAACGGGCUUAAUCCGGGGAUUAUUAAUCACGUGAGGAAUAGCAAACAGGUUCAUUCUAUCAUAGAAGCUUUGGUAAAAUCGGAAAAAAGGGGAAAUCGUCAUAUUGGGAGCAAGAAAUUUAUCCAAGGCGCAAACAGUUCGGGAGUCGAUACGUUGGAAUUCAGUCGUGCGGAGGAUGGUUUGAUGGGAAGAAGGCAGAUAAGUGAUUAUGGCUUGUUUUCAAAAACGGGUUUUCAAAAUGCUGAGGUUUUAGGAAGAGAUGGGGAUUCGGAAGCGGGGACUUUUAUGACUUCACAAACUGCAGAUGAUAAGCUUGCGCUAAAGCUUUCUUCGUCGGUAGCUGUUGCUUCGGAAAAUAAUAGCUGCCUGUCAAAUGACGAGUCGGCAAAUCUUGGUAGUGUUAAUUCGCUUUCUUUUAAAGCGGCUAAUGUUGCUUCUCAAUGGUUGGAACUUCUGAAUCAAGAUAUUAAGGGGCGUCUCACAGCAUUAAGACGUAGUAAGAGAAGAGUUCGUGCGGUUAUUACCACAGAGUUACCCCUCCUAUUGUCGAGAGAGUUUCCACCUAAUGUUGGCCAUUUCGACCAAGCAAACGUUGAUGCACACUCCUUUAGAUGGCGCUCGAUUUUUGAGCGAAUGGAGACUACACUUUCUGAAGAAGAGGGCCAGCUGGAAAGCUGGCUGAACCAAGUGAAGGAAAUGCAGCUGCACUGUGAAAAGGGUCUCUAUAAGAAUACUCUUUAUCCAAUGGGAAAUGAAAGCAGUUCGGAGGGUGUCGAUAAGUUAGAGAAGGAUUUAGCAGUUAAGGCUGCAGCUGCUUCGAUAUAUUCGACUUGCAACUUCUUGUUGGGAAUGGAAAAAUGCUGA